GGCUGCCGUGAGAAGGCAACACAGUCCCCUCUCGACAGCUGCGGCGUAGUUCAUAUCCCGGACCCAGCAGCCGUCAUCGCCGGCCCUACAGCUGCCAGGCGCUGCUUGCUCGUUACAGACUGCUGAUGGCGCUGCUCCUGGACUCGUGGAUCGCCGAGUUGGUCGUCGUCUUAUCGGCGGCCGUGCUCGCCCUCUACUUGUGGUUCUCCAGUGCCUAUAGUUACUGGAAGAGCAAGGGGGUGCCGUACGCCGAACCUACCGCCCCGUUUGGAAACUUCCGGAGAACCUUUCUAGGCCAGGAAACUGUCGGUGUGACACUGCUGAAGAUACACAACCAACUGCCAAGAGAGAGGUAUGUUGGGUUUUACGGAUUCCGUCGCCCACUUCUGCUUGUCCGUGACCCUGAGCUGAUUCGCCACAUCCUUGUCAAGGAUUUCGGGACAUUCCACGACAGAGGACUUUUCAUCGAUGACGAAGAACCUCUGAACAAACAUCUCUUUGCAUUGGGAGGAAAGAAGUGGCGCCAGCUGAGGAUCAAGUUAAGCCCUACGUUCACAUCCGGCAAACUGAAGGGCAUGUUCAAGACGAUCCAGGACUGCGGACGCGAGAUGGCCGACGUAGUGGGGAAGAUGGUGGACCACGGGGAGUCGGUGGAGGUUCGCGAGCUGAUUGCGCGCUUCACCACUGACGUCAUCUCCUCCGUCGCCUUCGGCCAAGAGUGCAACUGCCAGCGGAAUCCUGACCACGAGUUCCGACAGUGGGGACGCAAGAUCUUUGAGCCUUCUGCGCGUACGGCCAUCGGUUUCCUUCUGACCUUCCUCAGUCCAACGUUAAUGAACUACCUAAGGGUCAAAGGAGGAACGACAGACGUCAGCAGAUAUUUUCAGCAGAUGGUCGCAGACACUGUCGCUUACAGAGAGAAGAACAACUACAGCAGGAAAGAUUUCAUGGACCUCCUCAUUCAGCUCAAAAACAAGGGAUAUGUCGACCCUGACAAAGGAGAGACAAUGGAGAACGGGCAUCAGAAUGGUGUUGGCACUCCUGACAAACUGUCAAUGGAUGACUUGGCAGCACAGGCAUUUGUCUUCUUCAUUGCGGGGUUCGAGACAUCGUCAACGGCGACAAGCUUUACUCUGCACGAACUGGCACUCAACCCAGAUGUACAGAGCAAACUACGUGAUGAAAUUGACACUGUGCUGAAGGAAAACAAUGGUGAAAUUUCCUACGACACCAUCGGCAAAAUGACUUACCUCGACAAAGUGGUAUCUGAGUCUCUCAGGAAAUAUCCACCAGUACCAUUUCUGAACAGAGAAUGCAACCAAGACUACAAGAUUCCCGACAGUGAUGUCAUUCUGGAAAAAGGAACUCCAGUAGCGCUGUCUGUGCUGGGCCUACACUAUGAACCCAAAUAUUUCCCUGACCCUGAUCGUUUUGAUCCUGAGAGGUUCUCCGAAGAAGCCAAAGCUAGGCGACACCCCUAUGUCUACCUGCCUUUUGGAGAGGGACCACGCAUUUGCAUUGGUAUGAGGAUGGGCCUGCUGCAAACCAAAGUGGGUCUUGUGAACUUACUGUCAAAGUACAGUGUGCAGCCUACACAGAAGACAGUAGCAAAACUUGAUUUCCAUCCUAGGUCCUCAAUCCUCAUGACCAAAAGUGGAAUCCACAUUCAGUUCGUAAAGCGUUCCUAGGAGGACAACACUGAAGAACAAUAUCAUGUCAAAAUUCAUCCAUUUUAGUGUUGUUUAUAUAUGUAAGCACUAUGAUUCAUAGAUAGUCCUUACACAGUGGCUUUACUGUAUGGAAGACUAUUGUGCACAGUUGUGUUGCCCCCAAUCUUCAGUAUUGUACUUUUAACAGCACAUAUUAUGUUUAUGUACUUAAUAUAAAUAAACACAGUUUCUUUAUUUCAGUCAUAACUACUUAUUUAGUUAAAGAAAAAUAUUAUUGCAACUGUUCUUUGUAAGAUUCCAAAAAAGGGCAAUCACAACAGCCACUAUCAGGUGCUGCCAUUGAAUAGCAACUUUAAACAACUGUCUCCAGGUUGACUGUCCUAUCUGACAGAUACCGACAGCAGUGCUUUCUCUUUUGUUUUCUCGAUGUGAUUAAUUAAUGGUGUGCUUCUGGGUGUUCUGAUGAAUUUUUCUCUCUUUUUGCUUAAAAGCAUACCAAUCACCAGUUGCAAUGUUGAGGUGCUGCUAUGGUGCACAAACGGUACAUCAGUUGAACACAGCUCUAUGCUUUUGUAAAAGAACAUUUUGAUGUAAUUUUAUGAGAUAGAUAUUUACAGAAAUGAAAUUAUUUGAAUAAUGGAGCUAUUUGCUAAAAAAAACUAUGGUGACAAAGCAUGAAGUUAGUAGUUUGAUAGUUCCAAGAAUUAGUAAUGUUUCUGAUGUUCUCAAUACCAUUCAUGUACGACUGUCAUAUUAAUAAUAUUAAAAAUAUAUUGAUA